UUAACAAUUAACAAAUCCUAAACCGAUUAUGACUAGUUCCUCCCCAACUCAAAACAUGUUGUGUUUCGCAGAGAAAGAGUUUUUUCUUGCGUUAUAAGAAACUUUUUCUCUGCGAAAACACUACCACAAAAAUAAAAAAAAAUAAAAAAAAGGUGUUCUAAUUUGUGGUUGUUUGUAAAAAGAUUAAAAUUCCGACAUGAAUUCUAUCUUCUUAUGAAUCAUGAAACCUUUUUUUGCAUGCAUGGACUUGGCUCGCCAAGACUUCUCAUCCAAGGUCCAAAGCCAUUCCUAAUUUCAUCAUCAUUCAUCACCAGCAGUGCAAUAUGAAGCAGCAGCGAAUAAGACACAUUGCAUGGCCCAAGCACAUGAACAUCCACCGCCUACGGCUAUGGUUGCCUCCACUCAACCACGAAUCUGAAGCUGUUUCUGGAAAGAACAUGACCAUAAGAAUCGCAGAGUCCGGUGAGACCUCUGAGUUGCUCACCGGAGAGCUGUCCGAUGGCCAACAGGGUGGUAAUUCGGUGCUGCAAGUUCCAAAAGGGUUCUUGGCAGUUUAUGUUGGGCCGGAGCUUCGAAGGUUUGUGAUUCCCAUGAGCUGUUUGUCAUCACCGGAUUUUAGGGUGUUGAUGGAUAGAGUGGCUGAGGAGUAUGGGUUUGAGCAAGAAGGUGCACUCAAAAUCCCUUGUGAUGAAGAGGAUUUUGAGCAUAUUUUGGUCAGGUGUUUAGAAAGUAAGAAGAAUGAUAAGAAGAGAAAGGUGUAAUUAAUUAAUGCAACCCUUUUGUUUUUUCUUUUAAUCUCUUCUCCUACAAUUUAGGCAGAAGCAGAAUGUGUAUAAAUUUGUUUCAGAAUUUGUUAUCAUUUACUUCGUCUACUUGGAUUGAUUUGGGUUUGAAAUUUUUGUUUCAUAUAUAUGUUAUAUAUUUUUUCAU